UUAUUAUGUAUUAAAUUGGCAAGAAUAAAAAAUACCUUUAAUAAUCUAAAAGACUUGUUGCACAUUUGCCCUUUUGUAGACUUUAAUAACAGUAUUGAGUAUCCUUUGUGCAAAAUGUUAAAUGCUUUUUGUUUUCUUGUAGGCGCCAAACUGCUGUUGUACGGACUCUGUGCAAACCCCACAGUCCAAACUUUAGACAUGAAGGGUAAUAAUCUACGCGUGGCUGGAGCUGAAGCACUGGGGAAAUUAUUGAGGCACAAUAAAUCUCUCAAAAAUUUGAUAUUGGAAUGGAAUGCUCUUGGAAUGUGGGAAGAAGGAUUUUGUGUAUUCUGUGAGGGAUUAAGAGCCAACAAAUGUCUUAAAUCUCUCGACCUACGCAAUAACCAGAUUAACCACCAGGGUGUAGGGGAGCUGGCAUUGGCCUUAAAACACAACGAUGCACUGCAAGAACUAGAUCUUCGCUGGAAUAAUGUUGGCCUCUUAGGCGGUAGAGCAUUACUCUGUGCAUUACAACAAAACAAAACCCUAGUGCGUCUAGAACUGGCUGGAAAUAACAUUCCCAGUGAUUUGCUGAAAGCUAUAGAACAAGCAGUAAGUCAUAACUCAGACUGUCAGACCACCUUGAGAGAGAGCAGAUCACGUUCAAAAGUCCUCAGCAAUGAGAUCCAAUGUUUGAAAGUGGAAAAAAAGAAGCAGUUCCUGAAUAUGAUGGGCGUAAUUGAUCAACAAAAAGAGGAAUUGACACGAAGCUGUAGGACUGCUGCAAUGCAAGUUGGACAGCUACAGGAAGCACUAGCUGAGAAGAGUUCUAUCAUCAAUUCUUUACGAGCAAAAGUGCAAAUGACAGAUGCUGCUUUAACAUUAUCCGAACAAAAGUCAAAUAACCUGAAAGAGCUUCUAGAGAAGACAAAAUUGGAAAAAAUUGCAUUAAAAGAGAGACAUUCAAAGGAGCUUAAGAGUGAGCAAGAGGAAGCAUGUAGUCGAGAGGUAAAGUUGACUAGGGAGUUAAAUGCAGCAAAUGGAAAAAACAUGGAACUCACAAACAAGAUCGAUGAACUAGAGCGAAGAUGUAAAGUCCAGCAUGAUCAGAUUUGCCACCUGAAACAAGAAUUGGCCAAUGUGACUGCUGAGAUGAAGCAAAGAAUAGUCCAGACUGAGGAGCGUCUUGAACUUGAGAAGAAGAGAUUUAAGCAAAUACUGGAUGAUUCAGAAGCAUUAAGAAAGAAGGAGGUGGAUCACAUGAAUUUACAGAUACAAGAGAAUGAGCAGUGUUUACAAGACAGAAUUCAGAAACUUGAAAACAUUCGAAUUCAACUAGAAACAGAGCUGAGUCACCUAAAGGCAUCUGCUGUAACUCAUCGAGCACUAGCUGAAGAAGAGCUGAUAAAAAUGAAGAACCAAAUUCGAUUGGAGGAGCAAGAUCGAUUGGUCCACUUGGAGGAGAAACUUCAUCUUGUUAGCCAGUCACGUGAUGAAUACCAAAAUCGAUGUACGAUGCAAAAACAAACCAUCAAUGAGUUACAAGCAAAGAACAACAAGUUUACUUUUGAAAUUGAAGGUUUAAAGCGCCGCAUAGAAGAACUCACUCAGACUAACCGACUAUCUCCGAGGCCUCAGUCACCAUUCAACAACAGCCAUCUGCUUGAACAUAGGGUCCCCUUCAGACUUGCUGGAGCAAACUCCCAGGAACUAUCUGGUAAGGACCAAGAGAAAGUUGCAGAGGUGAAUAAUGUACGAGUAGAACUCCAGGAGCAAAUUGGUCAUCUUCAAGCAGAACGAAUAGCACAAGAAGGACUCAAAGAGAAGAUUUCAGCUUUAGAAAGACAACUGAAAGUACAGUCAAGUAAUCACCGAGAUACCAUGUUGGAUAAAGAGAGUGAAAUUAGCUCUUUAUUGGAAAAAGUCCGAUUGAAAGAGAAUGAAAUUGUGCGAAUGAAAGAAGAUGAAGCGCAGCGAGCUAGUUUCCUACAUAAUGCGAUCCUUUCCUAUGUACAUAGCUCUCCACUUGGUGCACAGUGUUCUAAGAAAUGAAACUUUACAGCAAAAAGAAAAGUCAACAACAAGAGGCAGAUUUUUUUCCAAAUUUCAGAUUACAAAGAGGUGCAAAAUUGGAGGUGGAAUGAAAAUGAUAUGUUUUAAGGAAAAAAUAUUAAGCUUUGCUCAAGGUAAUAUCAUGCUGCAGGAAUGGAAUGAUACUGGCAAAUACUUGAUGUACUGUUCAGACCCAGAAAAGGCCUUCUAAAUUAGUGGUCAGAAUGAGCAGAACUGAAGUUUUGAGAUCACUGUUAUAAAGUCUGAGAAAAGGUACAGACCUGAAAAAUUGUGUUUUAGUGUAAUUUUUAAAAAUGUGAUUAUCAUAAUUGUGAAUAUUUUUGGUAUGGUUUUAUAUAUGUGGUGUGUCUGAAAUUAGUUAGAUUCAAAAGGAUUUUAAACAGCUGGCUGGCUAACAUAAAGGCAAAACACUAUGGAUGCUGGAAAUCUGAAACAAAUGUUAACGUGAUGUGCAAACUAUAUUUGGUUAAUUUUUGGGGGUACUUUUGAACAUUUAAAGGGAGUUACACAUUUAAUUGGGUCUGAUGCUAAGUUUUGCCUCCAUUUGCUAAACCAAAUACAAUUUGAGAAAAUGAGGAUUAUUUGUUUUUGUGUCCCAAAGUCAGAUUCUGAAAUCUGAACAUAUUUGAAAUGUAUCUAAUAACUUGCAUUUCCAGUCUUGACAGAACUGCAUCUAGGCCAGUGAUGAGCCUACUAUCAGCAGAUGGCUUAGCACUUUAAAUAUUAUUGAAUGCACGAUCCUUAUUUGUAUUCACUACUUUAAUUUGGCAUCAAAUGACUAGGUAACUCAGCAGCUAAACCCAAACAAGUACUUUUAGAUUGGAGUUGUGUCUUUCUCCCUAUCUGUAAAAGCAAUCAUCCCUGCCUGGACAAUCUGCCUCUGCUAGACCCUUCCCUAAAAAGCUUGAGAUUUCCCACACAAGGCCUUCAAUUCCGCUCCCCCCACCUCCCCCACCCCACCCCCAACUCUUCUGAACCCCUGGAGUGCGCUUACCCUGGUCCUUUGGACUGCACCCUCCAAGAAAGGAAGUCAGUCUAGUCAAUCUGGCUGACUUCUGCAUGAGGGUCAUAUAGGAAUUAUAGAAGCAGGAGUAGACUGUUCAACAACUAAAAGCCUGAUCAACUGAAUCCUGGUUGAUCUACUACCUCAGCAUCAACUUUCCACACUAUCUUAUCCUUUUAAAUCUUUAACAUUGUACAUGUAGAAAAUUCCCACUCUGAGAUGAUUUGUGCUCUGGUAAACUCCUUCCCACUCCAAACUGCGGGUGGGUCACUUGAGCUAACAUCCAGCCUAAUUGAAAACUUAUGCCUGUUUCUGCACAGAUCUUAUGCUAAGAUUGCCUGCAGACUUCCUAUGCCUGUUCCUAAAUCUAGAAACUUGUAGAAAACAAGUAGUAAAGCCCCACCAUCUGUAGGUUUAACCAGUGAUUUUCUGUUGUCUUUUGGCAUAUUGUCUCACUCUUGAAGUCACAGUUUUCCCAUUAUUAUUCAGAACAGGAACAUGUCCACUGAGAAGAUCAUUCUGGUUGCAUCAUCCUGUGGAAUGAUUGAAAAAUGUGGCGGACUUUAUAACAUUUCAGGUACACUAGAACUGACUGACUGCUUUUGUUGAAGUCCCAGUCUCAGUAAGAGAAAUAGCAAAGAAAAUCAUUGUAAAAAUCCAAAUAUUUUAGUUAUGCCAAGAUUAUUUAAUUUUAGGCCAUUCUGUAUCUAAAAUACUGAAAUUUAUGCUACCACAUCAUUAGCAUAAAAAAUUCACCUCGCAAAGGAUAGUCAAAUGUGAAUGUGCUCAAAGUCUGAGCAGAUGUUUCAUGCAAUUGAGGAAAUCUGUGCAGUGAUAUUUUCGCAUAAAACUAGUGUCCACAGAAAUAUUAUGGUAGAACAGGGUUAUUUUGCCCAUUGUGCCUGCAUUGACUUGUUAAAUGAGCAUCAUUACCUGGUGCUAAUAUCCUCCAUUUUCCCUAUACCUUUACACAAUACUUUUAUCCAAACAAUCAUCCAAUGACCUAUUGACUGCCUCAAUUGAAUCUGCCUCCUCAACAUUUCCAGGCAGUGCAUUCCAUAUCCUAAGUACUCACUGAAUGAAAAAGGUUUUUUCUCACUUCACCCUUGCUUCUUUUGGAGAUGACUUUAAAUCUAUGCCCUCUUGUUUGUGUUACUUUUUUUGAGCAUGGAGUAGUUUUUCUCUAUCUACAAAUCAGUUACUCCUGAGUUUCUUUGAGAAAAUAGUGCAAUUACGCUCUUAAUCCAUAGUUAUAUUGAAAUUCUGCACAAUGUUCCCACUGUUUUGAGUGUGCAAUUGCCUGAAGUUAACAGUCAUAGAUAAGUCCUACCCACUUCAAGUUUGUUGCUUGAUAAUUGUGUAAUAGCUCCUGGGUAAUCUGGUGGGGCAUCUAUCUUCUGCCUGAAAACAGAGUGGGAAUUGAGACUGGAGCCAGAUGUAGUCCAGGACAUGAUGUUAUUGUUCCCAACAUACAUCAAAUUCUGGGGAAAUAGGAGCGGUUGAUGCAGAGUCAAUGACUGCCUGAGGGAGGAGAGGAAUGAUCAUGGCAGGAUAGUCGCAAGGAAUGCAUGCAGGUCCCAAAUGAGUGCACUGCCCCGCUUUGUCUCAAGGAAUCCAGGUAAAAAUUUAACUAUCCAGCCCAUUGUCUCACCAGGUUUCUCUAGGUGUUUGCUAUAGUGGAUCUAGCUAUCACCAACUGUCUCAGUCUUCAGAGUUUCAGUAAAACUAUCACUAAAGCACCGGUGAUAUAAUCAGAUCGCAAGUUUUAUAUCAGAUUGUGAAUUCUGUAUUGAAAAUGGCUGUAAACCUGACUAGCAAGAGUUGCAAAGAUUUGUUGAAAAGUCUUGUACUUCCUGAUUCUCAAAGUUUGUAAAGGUUGGAUUCUUUUUAAGCCAUUUCCUUCUGGCCUCCAAUUAUAAAAGUCAAAGUACUUGACUGUAAUGCCUUCAGUCAGUUCCACCAUUUCUAGUGUUAGGUGCUGAUACUUAUAAUUUUUUAUUUUGAGCGCCAUAUUGUUAUCGUCUUUUCUCCUAAUAUUAACUAUUGGCAUUUUCCUCCUGCUCGAUUUAGUAUGUCAGGCCUCAUUAGUGUUUCAUCCAAACGCUUUAAUCUUUGGCUCAUAAUAUGGUACUAAGUACAUCUUUAUUUUGAUAUGCAUUUUCUCAGAUUUUGUUGUUGCACUUGAUUCAAGCAUUCUUGACAGGUGAGUAGAUAGUAGCUGUAUUAAUAAGAGUUUUUCAUUUGGCAUGUUUCAUUUCCUACUUCUUUUAAUUAAAGGUCAAUUUUGUGAGAGGGUAUACUUUUGUAUGAUAGAGGUUUGCUUUCAAUUUCCUGAGCCUUGUGGGGGUAUCAGUUUUGUUCUCCUUUUGGUAUUGACAUGAUGGCUUGAUGACUAUUGUUAGAGCUCUCAAGGUGCUCUCACUUUGGAUUAUUGCUGACAGGAUCUGGAUCUCCAGGUCCCUUUUGUUUAAACUGGCAGAGUAUGGUUUAGAGGAAGAGGCAAUGAAAAGAUGAUAAAAUAGGGAUGAGAGUUUAAAGUUGAAGGUGUUAAAAGAUUGGCAAUCUAGGUCAGUAACUGCUGCUGAUUGGUGAACUGAACUUGGGAGGAUAGAAUAAAUUUGGAUGAACUGAAGUUCUUCACAUGAUUGCUUGCAAAAAUAGUUUUUAGUCUGUCGCUACUGUAAAAGUCUGAAAAUAUAAAUUGUUGCUGAGUCAUCCUUUCAACUACCAGCUAGAAGAUUGAAUUUAUUUCCUUAAAGUUACUAGUUUCUAAAGAAAUCCUAAAGUUAGAUUAUUUAUUGGAAAUGAUCACUGUCUCGCACUUGUCUUAAGAUUGUUACUUUCCACUCAUCAACCCAAGCCUGAAUGUUACUCAGGGCUUGAAGUAUAUGGGCAUGAACUGCUUCAGUAUCUGCAGAAUUGCAAAUAAUACUAAACCACUGCACAAUCAUCAGCGAAUGACUCCACUUUUGACUUUAAGACAGUAUUGGACGGUUAUUGAUAGAACUACUAAAGGUGGUUAAUUCGAGAACAGCACCCUGAGGGACUCCUGCAGCAAUGUCCUGGGACUGAAAUAAUUGACCUCCAAUGACCAAAUUUAUCUUCCUUUGUUCUAAGUAUUACUUCAAACAUUGCUGUUGAUAUUCAUUGACUUCAGUUUCACUGGGACUAAUUAAUAUGACAAAAAGGUUCUGGCUCUGUCAACUCUGCGCUUUCAUCCACGUUUAGAACAUAUCAGUAAAAAUGAUUGGCACUGGGUGCCUCUGGCAAACUGAACAAUGGUUAACAAGUUAUUGUUCAGUAAAUGCGCCGUGAAGGUACCAUCAAUGUCCUUCUGUUGAAGAAUAUUAACUGUAUAUUCAAUUGCAACAGUUUAAAAAUCCCAUUUGGAAUAUCUAUACUAAUAUCUACAUCAGUGUGAAUUGUUUCCUGAUCAAAGAACAAGUAAUUUAAGAUCUAUCUUUGAGAGCUUCUUUAAAAAUGAGAAUUGGCAAACUCAGUAUGCAGCAAAUAUAGCUGGAAUAUAUUUAAUCCUCUUCAAUCUCAACAGCCACGUUUUGCCUCCAUCUCUUUUGCUUCUUUGAAAAAGGUUCCGAGUUUUGCUGGGUUACAGGUAGCUGGAGCCUUCCAGUGCCUUACCCACGUACAUUUGUUUGAAAAUUUGGAUGCUGUCUAUCAAGGAGUCAUUUUCCUAUAGAAGGGAUCACACUCCAUUUAAUCUUGUUGCCGUAUACAUUUACACUUCAAACAGGGAAAGGAGGUGUAGCUGAUUUCCAUUUUGACACACACUCCCCUUUUAGCCAGGGCUAAUUGGGGCACCUCAAAUAAAGUUGACUACAUUUUGAAAGAAAAGAAAUCAGCCUACCUUAUGUACUCUAUCGGAGUCUUAAAGUACAUUUUGUGACACGAACAUGAUAUCCUGAUGUAUCAAUGUGUAAACUCCUUUUCUAUGGACUUUUUAAUAAGAUUUGCUAAUGCUUCAAAAUGUUAUUGUUUUCAAACCAUCAGCAGCAGAUGGACCUUUCUUAGGAACUUUCCAUGCCUUAUUGACCAAGAUAAAGAGAAUGUUAAAUUAUGAAGGGAUGACAACCUGUCUUCCGAGCUAUGAUGCAUUCUGUGUAUUUACUAAAAUUUGAGUAUUUGUAGUAUUUUGUUUCUGAUGGGUAGACAAAGCAUGUCGAUUUGAUGCCCUAAAUUCUUGGUGCAUAUCACAAUCAGCUCCAUGGAGUUGUCUCUUUGACAAAAUUACACGAACACAGUAAAUGGGAGUGUCACUGUAAUGCACAUAGCUGGAAUUAGAUCGUAUUUGUGAUUUACCAUGCUCAUCAUUUCAAUCUCUUGUUCUGACUGUAAGAGAUGUUGAACAGAAGCUAUCCAAUUUAACACAGACAACCACAAAGCAGCUCUAGUAAAAUCGUGGGAGUGUUGAUUUUUGGUUAGGAAAAGGGAAAAAAGGAAAUGUUCAUAUUUUAAGAUAUUCUAACACCAAAGAGCAAAAAAGUGCUAAUUAAACUGAAAGACGACUUUAAAUUUUUUUUUGAUUCAGAUAGACAAGUAAGAAAUAUGCUUAAAAAGUCUAUAUAGGCUAGGAAGGGCUGAAAAUAAAUGCAGAUUUUUUUUAAGCUGACAUAAAUGAUCUGUGCCGAAAAGUGUGUAGGUAUGCAUAUGUGUUGCUUUUGAGUGCAUGCAUUCAUCCAUAUUGGGCAAAAAAGGCCUCUUAACUUGCAUAAUUUUAUUCAGUUUACUUGUUUCAUUCAAUGUGUCCACAAGGUAUCCAAGUGGAAUGAACCAAACAUAAUAUUAUUUUAGUAUGUCACCCAGUUCUGGUUUCUUGUCAGUGAAGAAAGUACAUACCUCUUUCCCUGAGAUUAAAUAUACAGGUAAGUAUGUAAGAUAGUAAUCUCAUAUUUGUAUACUUGCGUAAAGAAUUGUGUUCAGGGCAUAAUAUCUUACCAAAGUGCAUUUUUGCAUUUAACAAAAGCAUGUGCUUCUCAGCAUAAACACCAACCACUUCAAAUAUAAUGGGUUGCAGUUGCUUUUAUAUUUUGCAUGGCGCCAGAAUACCUUUUGAUUGUUACUGCUGUUCCAAAAAGUGCAAACCGUGCUGCAAUAGGUUUAGCUGAUUUUUGCUAAAGUUAUGUAAUAUAACUAUGUGAAAGUAUCAUCUGACUUUACCUUGAGCCCUUUGCAAAUCAAAAAAUCGUGUUCUAUUUCCUUACUACACACAUUCCAAAUGUAGUUGAGAAAUGGGAUGUUUUAAAAAUGUCUGAAUUCAUUUAGAUCACAAAGCAGUUGUCUUGCAGCUAAUCAGUGCACUGCAGAAAUAUAUUUUGGCAUUAAAUCAAUCCAGCAUUUGACAGUGUCAUUUGAUAUCAGUUUUGUUUAACCAGUUCCUUGGUCUUUCUGUAUCCAAGCAUUUAGUCUACAGUUUUAAUGGGAGAUGGCAUCAUCAUCUUCUCAGCAAUUAUACAUAAUUUUUGUUUUAGCAAUUUUCCACAUCACUAUGUAGGAUGAGAUUACAAGCUUUUGUCAGUGAUAGUUGUGGAUUUUAUUUCUGCUUUAAUACUUACUAGUUGUUUAGUAUUAUUUGAAAUUGCCCAUUGUUGUAUAUUUCAUGCUAAAUAAUUAAAUAGCUCUAUCCUGAAGAGUUUCUAAGAUUCAUUUGACAAUAGUUGUAGACACAUUACACAUUGUGGUUGAAAUAUACCCUGUUUCCAGAUAGAUAGAAGUUUAAUCUUUACCUUCUCAGAUUGCAUCAGCCCUUACUUGAAGAAAGUUCUGUACCAUCACUCUUGUCAGUAUUCUUGUUUUAAAGUGCUGAUUAUUUUUUUUUAAAUUACACAUUGUUGACAUUUUAUGUAAGUUUGCAACAAAUGUUCUACUUUAUAAUUUAUCUUGCUUCUAUUGAAAUAGUUGUACAGUUAUCCCCAUUGAAAGCAAUUUCUAAUAGUGCAGAUUUUUUGGUGUGGUUACUAUGCAUGUGCUUACAUUGAUCUGAUCUGCAUUUUCACUCCAUCUGCUCAACCCAUGUUUUGAAACACACUGCUGCUUUUCUUGCCACUUUCCUGAGCAACCCCCCCACCCCCACCCCAAACAACCUUUCUCAAUGACAGGUCUCCCAACUCACAUUCAGUGCUUCCCUUGCCUGCUCACUACCUAGUUCAUUCACUCUGUCUCCACUUCAUUUGUUCCUCUUUUCCUUUUGCCAUACAUCUCCUAUUUGACAUCCAUCUUCCUAAGCCCUCACUACUUCCCUAUUGCUGCUCCUUGUUCACAGUGAGAAGAUUGAGAGAUAGAGCAACCAAAAGGGUGACAAGUGGGAGAAACAGACUGAGGGGGUUGGGGAGGGAGUGAGCAGGGCAUCAAGCAGGGAAUCAAUAACGGGAAGCAAUGAGGGAAGAGGUAAGUUAGUAAGACUGAAUAAUAUUGUAGAGCAUUUUUAGUCCAAUUAAGUCAUUGGCAGCCAUUAGAUAUUCUUGACUUGAAAUUUUUACAUUAAGUAUAACCCAUGUUAUUACGUGGUUUGUUAUGGGAAAAGUGAUUUUUAUUUAACAUUUGUUUAUUAACACACCAUUUCUUAGGAACAAUAUUAGUGUUAAUUGAGAUAUAACACCUUGCAUAAAGUAAAUAUAUGUUUUGCAACCUGGGAUUUUGUAAGUUUACAGACUUUAGACAUCUAAUAAAUGCGCUUUAUACUGGAAUUAUUUUUGAUGAAUCAUUCAAAACUUUCUCAUGGAUUCCUACUUUAAAAGCCCUCAUCGAACUACAUUUUCUUUUUGAAAAGACAUAAACUCAAAACAUUAAGUUUAAAUUCAGUAUGCAACAACUAAGAUAUUUAACAUGAAUAAACACUUCCCAAAUUGAAGGAAGGUUUCAAUUUAUUUUAAUGUAUAUCAGGUUUCAGCAUUUGCUUUGUUUAUAGCAGUCCAGUUAUAGCGUGAGAGGUGGUUGAGGACUGUUUUAAAAAUUGCUGCAAUUCUGGUGCAUAGUUAUUAUCUUUAACUGUCAGAUGAUUUUAGCAGAAAUCCAGAAAUGUAAUGAAUAUAACCUGCAGAAUGGAAAUAGGAUAAAACAGAGAGAGUGAUCUGAUACAAUGUCCCUUCUUAAAAGUACUGUCAUGGAUCUGAUGCCUGCUUCUUUAUGUUUAAUGCAGAAGAGGAUGAAAGGAAGGAGAGCUGAGUUGUGAUUCUACCUUCAUGAUUUUACAACCUUUAGCAUAUUAUUAGGCAAAUAAUAUCAGCCUAAUCUUUACAGUCAGCAGUGAAGCAAUGGCACUCGCUCCUGACAUUGAAGAAAGCCACUCACAAAAUUCUAGAUCUGGAGGCAUGAGUUUUCUCUUUCCUGAUGAUAGCCUGAAUUAGAAAUCAAGUUGAGUGGGUCAUCAGGCAUCUACCAAGUCCUGCUAUUAAGCAGACAGCAUAAGAUUAAGACGGGCAGAAAUACCAAAUUCUUGAAAACAUUUUUUAGGAAUAGCUUUUUUAAAUCAUAAUGAAGAAACUUAGCAAAUAUUGUCUUUAGCAUUUUGGAGACAGUGAAGCUUUUCAUUGAUUAUAGACUUUAAACAAGCAACCCAGUUAUGCCUCAUUCAACAAAGAGUAACCUGUGUGAGGGUUUUCCAGCAAGACCAGUUGAGUAUAAGUAGAAAUUUCUGUCAAUCUAGAUAUAGCCAACUGAAAUGUACACACUUUGGGAAGCAUAAAAUUUUUCAGUGAUCUCUGGAUUUAUGUGCUUAACUGUGCAUGUGUGGACUCCAGAAGUCAUUGACUGUUUUGGAGGAGUAAUGAUGGUGAGUGCAUUAUUUUGUUUCAUUGUCAUAUGGUCUCUGGUCUUGGUCUUCACUUGCAUUUUGGUUUCAUUGACUUUUGCAGCAUAGCCAUGUGCCUUGUGUUUUUAAUAAUUUACUUCUGCUGAACCAUUUGCCUUUUCUAGCAAUGUGACCUGAAAAGUAUAAACAAAAUGACGUAUGACAAUAGAUCUUACAUUCUGUCUUAUGCUUGGUUCUUGUUAGAAAUGUGAUGUCACUCACUAUUUUCUACCAAAUUGUUCUAUUGUCCUUCCAUUUGCCUUCAACCUGUAUUGUCCUUCCAUUUGCCUUCAACCUUUAUCAUUCUUUUAUACUCUGAGUUGCUCAUUGUUUAUCAUUUGCAGUCUAGUGGUGAUGUUAUAGUUGCAGAUUAAUAACAAGUUCCAGAUCGUUGGUGUUCAAUAACCAUCAAAUGUAACUAUUGUAGGUUGUUGGUUUGCUUGCUGAGCUGGUAGGUUUGUUUUCAGAAGUUUCGUCACCAUGCUAAGUAACGUCAUUAGUGAGCAUCCGGUGAAACAUUAGUGUUCUGUCCCACUUGCUUUUUAUGUGUCUUGGUCUGUUGUGGUGGGUGGUAUCAUUUCUAGUUCUAUUUCUGAGGGGUUGGUAAAUAGGAUCCAAAUCUAUAUGAUUGCUAAUGGAGUUCUGGUUUGAAUGCCCGGCCUCUAGAAAUUCCCACA